AUGGGAACCACAAGGGCCGACUGGAGGCGGACCGUCUUCCGGCUCUCCAAAAUUCCGAGUCGCACAAGCAGCCACGGCGCCGUCCGAGCCUUGGUCGCCAAGGCCAUGGAGAUCCCCGCCGAGAGUGUCAAGGUCUUUUCGCUGGCCACCAGCCUCACCCCCUGGGAAAUGCCACCCUCCAAAGUGGCCACCCUGAUGUUCCUCAAGCCCCCUGCGAUGCUGGGCCGUUCGGACGAAGGCCAGGCCGAGUGGGUUCUUGACGCCGACGAGUAUCCCGUGCUCGACAGCCAUUUCUGGGGGCUCACGCCCCUCAACGACGUCGAGCCCGAAAAACACGUCGCGGACUGCAUCGCCAUCUCGGGCCUGGCGAGCCAUCCCUUUGGCUCUUGGCAGCCCCGCGGCGACGACAAGACCUUCAUGUGGAUACGAGACCUGGCCCCUAUCUACGUCCCCGGCUUGAGGACCAUCCUGUACGGCUACGAUACCAGACUCGCAGGCUCCCAUUCGUUCCAAGGCAUAUCACACCUCGCCCUCGGCUUCAUCUCACAGAUUAGGGCGAAUGGCGGCGCCCUUGACCACGCGAGGCCGCUGGUGUUCCUGGCCCACAGUCUCGGCGGCAUCGUGCUCAAGGACGCCCUGUGCAGGCUGGCCAACUCGCAGGACAACUCGCUCGAGCGCAAAAUCCUGACGAGGUGUAAGGGGGCCAUCAUGUUUGGGGUCCCCAACCUCGGUAUGGAACAGAGCCAUCUGCUCACACUCGUCCAAGGCCAUUCCAUCGAGCACCUGGUGCAAGACCUCUCCCGAGAGUCGGCCACAUAUGGAUACCUCAGCCGCCUGGAGCGCUCCUUCUCCGGCAUUUCCAAGCUGGGGGAAAUGACCUUUUACUGGGUUUUCGAAACGGACAAAUCACCCAUCUUUGACGCGAAGACGCGUAAAAUGACCGGACCGUCCGCCAUUUUGGUGGACCCGGACUCUGCUACCGCGCACAGAAUCAAGGAAUCCGCGCCGUCUGUGCACCCCAUCGCCAGGAACCACUCUGAAAUGGUCAAGUUCAGCCGCGCCGACCCGAAUACCGGCCCGAUAAUUCACCUUUUACGUCUAGUGUGCGGCCUCUCCGACGCGGCGACAGACCCUGACGAGCUCGGGGCCCAAUCGGCCUCGCUGGCCAACCUGAUUACCUCUCCAAAGUUCCGCUCGGACGAUCCCGAUAGCGACUUUCUCUUCGCCUUGGACUCCCCCGACCUGGACCUGCGCCAAACCUUGAUCGCCAACCGCUUCGGACACACAUGCGAGUGGAUCUACGAACAUGAGCCCUUCACAUCGUGGCUCCGACAAGACGACGGCAUCUUCUGGAUCAAUGGCAAGCCCGGCUCGGGGAAAUCAACUCUCAUGAAGCUCAUAUACACCGACAAGCGAACCUGGCAGUACUCGCACAAUUUCGAGGACUCGACCUGUCAGAUUUCAGCUGGCUUCUUCUUCAACUAUCGCGGAACGGCAAUCCAAAAGACGCUGGAAGGCCUGAUGAGAAGCGUGCUUCGGCAGAUCAUCAAGAGCCUUUCGAACAACAAGAGAACCCUGUCAUUUCUAGAUUCUCUCUUUGAAACACCCGCAUUCCGGAUCCAAGACACCUCGUCGUCGCGCGAGUCCCACCUUGGAGAACCGGCCUCGCUUCCCAAGGACUCGGAUCAACUGCACGAGGCCCACCGGUACAUUUGUCGCGUGGAGCAGAUGUCGUGGCCGAUCGACCGCCUGAAAGAGGCGCUUCGGUCGAUAUUGGACCAAAACCAAGUCAAGAUUCGUAUCAUCUUUUUUCUCGAUGCCCUGGAUGAGUUUGACGGCCCGCCCGCCUACGUGUGCCGCUUUCUCAACUUUCUCGCCAACAGACCCGACUCGUCGCUCACGACGACCAAGCUGUGCUUUUCGAGCCGUCCUUGGGAGGAGUUCGUCUCCCAUUUUGGCGGCGAAAUGAGCCUCUCGGUCGAGGAUUUCACGAAAUCGGAUAUUCGGUACUUUUGCACCACGCACCUGAUCGAAUCGCUAGAUCCUUCUCAGCAUGGCCCCGUCUCGCGCAUAGCGGACGAAAUUGUAUUGCGCGCAUCCGGUGUCUUUCUAUGGGCCAGUUUGAUUUUGAAGGAACUCAUGGCAGCGUUUGAGGGAGACAACGUCCCCUCUCUCAAAGACCUGUUGAGACUGCUGCAUUCUGUGCCUACGGAACUCUCCGACUAUUACCACUUUAUCAUCCAGCGAAUCCCGCAAAGCCUCCGGUGGCAAACAUAUGCCUUGCUCGAGCUGGUCGUCCGGGCCCGAAACCCAAAGGAGCUCAGCCUGCACUAUCUCUGGAAGACGACGCUCAUUUCGGACUCGCCGACAUACCCUGCCGCACUGGAAACACUGAAGAAGUUAAGCGCGCGCGGUCACAAGUCAAGCACAAACGAGCCGAAACGAAGCGUGUUACAAUGGGGCGGGGGCCUGGUGUCCAUGUCGUUUGGUCUGUUCACGGCAGACCCGUCCAGCCCCACGGUGCAGCUGAUGCACCAAACUGUCUACGAAUUCGUCGUCAAGCUCGACUUCAAGGACCAGGUGCUCGGGCCCAUGGCCAAGGCGACAUAUGAGAACGGCCAUACAUUUCACUUCAAAUCUCUGGUGAGCUUCAGGCUGACUGAGGAGCUCAUACGAGUGCACCACAUGGACAUGCUCGACGCGCUCCGGCCGUCCUUGGACCACGGAGCCGAGGCCGAGGAGACCACCGGGACGAGCUGCCAGACGUUUCUCGACAGCGUGCCGGACCAGGUCAUCGUUGGUCUUGGAGUGGGCCUGAUGGACAUCCUGAGGUUUUCGGGCGCCUACCUGUACGACAAGUUCAGAAGGGACUUGAUACGAUCACACGUGGCCUUUGCGACGUAUUUCCGACUUCGCUUGUACCUGCGGGAUUCCUUACGAGACCAAGAAAAUUCCUUGACGUCGCCCGCGUGCAACAAGCUUCUCCUCCUGACUGCGCUCGCCCUCGGCUCACGGGAGACACAUACGCACCAACGGCUGCUGACGGCGAAUUUCAUCCUCGACAACGGAUACAACGCAUCACAGGAGUCGGAUUUAUUCACAGACACUCUCGAUCCCUUGAAACUCCACUCCUGGUACGACCCGUGGGAAACACACUGCAUCGACGGCCUAGACCGACUCACGGCCCUACUGCUCGACCACAACCCGGGGGGUGCAAAUUGUCCGGUCUGGGGCAACAGGAACCACAAGUCAAGAACCGACACGUGCCGGCCAAUCCACCUGGCGCUUCCCACGACGGCCAUCUGGCUUCUGGGGCAUGGCAUCAAUCCCAACGAGCUCGACAGCCUUGGGCGAACGCCGCUCGACGUUCUCAUGCUGGACCGGGUCCGGCGAUGCCAGGGAUGUACGGACUACUCCAAGGAGUUUGAAAAGACCUAUCUCCACGUCAUUCGCCAAGUCGCCAUCAUCCUCAUCGGCCAUGGCGGGCGGAGGAAAGUCGCGUCGAGUGCGAAUUGGGAGUCUGCGCUUCGAUACUUUCAGCGCGCCGGUCUGGACACGGCGAAUCUAUCGCCCGUUUUGCGGCCCUUGGCUGAGAUGAAGGACCGUCAAAAGAAACCGAAACCAGUGUCUAAGGAGGCUGCUUCCCCAGCCCGGCCGCUGCCACCCGCCCCGCCGGCAGGCUACCCGCCGCCACCUACUGCGUUCAUGACGAACGACGGACCGCCGACCAAAGAAAAGAGGUCCUUGGGUCGUGCUGUACGACGCUUCCUGAGCAAGUGGCACUGA